GGUGCUUGUGUGAAUCGAUCAGCCCCUCACUGCGAGUGUGUGGUAGUGACUGGGGGCAGCUCGGGGAAAGGAAAGCCGGGGCAGAGAGAGAGAGAGAGAGAGACCGAGAGGCGGAGCGGAACCCAGCAGCUGGGGGCUCGGAGACGGGAAUAAACAACGAGAAAAUGCAGAGAGAGAGAGACCGGAGAUUUCAGCGGGGAAUGCUGUAAGAAGCGAGGAGUGAUUCACUCUGGGGCUGCAAUGUGAAAAGAUGACCUUUUUGCAAGAAUCUCACCUCUAUCAAACAUCCUAGUCAUCGAUUUGAAGUAGCACUCUUUUCACAAUCUGCAAUUGAAGGCUUACACUGGACACUUGCCAUGUCUAUGGACCACAGCCCCACCACCGGAGUGGUCACAGUUAUUGUGAUUCUGAUUGCCAUCGCGGCUCUCGGUGCAUUGAUCCUGGGCUGCUGGUGCUACCUGCGACUGCAGCGAAUAGGUCAGUCGGAAGAUGAAGAAAGCAUCGUGGGAGAAGGCGAGACCAAAGAGCCCUUUCUGUUGGUGCAGUACUCAGCCAAAGGGCCACGGGUAGAGCGGAAAGCUAAGCUGACAGCUAAUGGGACCGAAGGUCAUGGUUAACAUUCAGUCACAGUUCACAACUGCAGAUUCUGCCAUUUGGACUGAAUAACAUUUGUAGGAUAAUCAUUCUUCAUACUGUGAAGGUUUAAUUCUGUUCAAGCUGCUUUAUUAAAAACAAAUAGCAAGGUUAGCAGAAAACAGCAAGGACUAGCCAGCAGUCUGUUGAUCUGCAACUGCAUGUUAUCAAAGAUCAAGACUAGCCAUUCAAAAUUCCUGUUUAUUUUGCAGUGUUUCCUACUUGAAUUUUAAUCCCUUUUAACUGAGCCUGUUUUGAUGGAGCAACUACUGUUAAGUUUCAUCCCUACUGAACCUGUGGAUCUCUGAAAAUAAUUUGCAUUGAUCAGUAUGAAAACUUCUUUCUGUAUUGUGCAGGAUAGUAUUACCCGAGUACAAAAUGAACUGCUGUAAAUGUUACCACAGCAAAGGCCAUGUUAAGUGAUCAUCUUUAAUGCAUAUUUUGUUGUUGAGCCUAGGUUUAUGGGGAGGGUGGGGGUAUUGAGAUAGGGCAGUCUGAAGAUUUAAAAAAAAACUAGAAAUGAAUUAGAAAUUCAACGUAAACUUUUGUUUAAAAAAUUAAUCUAACACACUACCAACGCUGUUCAUUUACCUAAUGAUACAGCUAUUUCAUCUUUAAUACAUAUUUUGUUGUUGAGCCUAGGUUGUAUGGUGAGAGUGGGGGUAUUGCAUCACCUCAACUUAGAUCUUGUAUUGUCUUUAGAAAGGUUUUUUAAAAAAAAUUAAAUUAAAAAGGGGAAGAGAGAGCCAUUAUUUCAAUGGGAUCAUAAAAUGAAAGAUGUAGAAUCGUUCUUGCAUUUUGCACAGAGUGAGAUAGUGCUAAAGUGGUGUAUGACUGCAAGGAUGCUACCAAAGCACUUUUUCCUAAACUGAUUCCAGGCUGCACCUAUGAUGGAGAAUGCUGUAAUUCACAGUCUGCAAAUGAUCCGGAAGGUUUGCAGUGAAGUUAAAAUGGUGGCUGAGCAGUUUUCUGUUUUAAUUCAAAGCAUGUUUAAUAUGGUCAAAUUGUACUUAAAACAGUAUCAUUUCAAAAUAACUUGAUAAGAUUGUUGUAUCUUAUGACCAGAUUUUGUUCCCCUUCCUGUAAUUCAUUAGUUUACAGAAAUAAAAUUUACUGUGUGUAACAAA